AGAGUACAGUUCGGAUGAGGGGAGUAAAUGUGGACUCAUAGGAGGAAAAGCAGCACCGUGGUUAGGAUUCAUCCGUGAUUCAGAGAAAACGGGUCCAUUCUGGGAAUCUGCUCUGGAGGGAGAAGUGAAGGCGCUGUGGAAAGAGCGUGCACUGCAGCGGCAGCAUGUUGGUGGUGUCCACACUGCUCUUGCUGGUUGUAUCUCCUGGACGGGGAUCCAGACCUUGUGCUCAUCUCUGUCAGUGUUUCGAGCACUCGGACUUGGUGGACUGCCGCUCGCGGGGUUUGGUCAGCGUGCCCCACGGCCUCCCUCAUGGGACGUGGCUCCUGGACCUGGGAGGAAACACGCUAACAGAGAUCAGUGCUCGUGCCUUUGCUGGACUCUGGUCACUGCGCGUUCUCAUGCUAGCAGACAACAGCAUCCGGGAGCUGAAGACACAGGCCUUCUACUCGCUGUCCUAUCUGGAGAAGCUCGACAUGAGCCGUAACAACCUCAGCCAUCUCCCUGCGGACUUUUCCGACAGUCUCUCCUCCCUGAAGGAGCUGCGACUGGAACACAAUGCAUUGGAGCUGCUGGAGCCACCGUGCCUGGAGCGUCUGGAGAGCCUGGAAAAGCUGGACCUGAGCCACAACCACAUUGCCACCCUGCAGCCUGGGGCCUUCCGCGGCCUGUCCCGCCUGCGCCACCUCUACUUGCAGGGAAACCAACUGACUGCUGUGUUGGAUGGCGCCUUCUCUUCGCUGCCCAGCCUGGAGAUGCUGCUGUUGGGCGGCAACAACAUAACACACAUUGAGGCAAAUGCGCUGGUGGCUCUCCGCAGUCUGGCCCUGCUGGGUCUGGAGAGGAAUCAGCUGGAGCAGUUGAAAUUCCGUAUUUUCCUGAACCUGCACACUGCUGGAACACACUUGCAGCUGGCUGGCAACCCAUGGCAUUGCGACUGUGAGUUGCAUCGGGUCUUCAGGAAGCUGCUCAGCGUCCGCCACCUGCAUGUGGACGACUAUCAUAAUGUGACCUGCCGGCAGCCCUGGCAGCUGGCUGGGGCCUCACUGGCUUGGGUGGACAGCCAGCUGUGCGUGGCUGAGACAGUUACUGUGUUGGUCAUCACUGGAACAGUGCUAGUCACCGUCUUCGGAGCGCUUAUAGUGGCCGAACGCAACCGCAAGAAGAAGAAGCACAGCAAACACUGGGAACAGGUGGAGACAGGCGCAUAGAAAAAAUUCCAGGCACUUUGUGUCCCGUAUCUACUGCACAGCUCUUUACAGUUUUUACACACUUUCAAAGUUUCCAGUUAAAUUUUCCUUCUAAAACGUAGUCAAUUAGCCAAGACAUGCUUGCUCUACUGGUUCACUGAUGAGUUGGUCUGAUUUGUUUUUGUUGAAAGCUGAAGGGCCUUGAAUUUGUCUGUGCGAAUAAGAGUGAGUGAUGAUUUCCAUCUGAACACCUCUGUGCACUAAAUCUCACCAAACAGGUGGUCUUAGGCAGCAAAGAAGAGGGUUUAGAAUAUAAUGCAUUGUAUAUCAUUUCCAAGUGACGCCUGAAUCCAGUGCACUUUCAUUCUGGAGUGCAGGGGACUCCUGAUUAGCUGCAACACAAUCCCUUAUUUCUGGGAAACCAAAGACAGAUUGGGUCCUGUUUUGAUGGAAACAUAUUUUAAACCUUGUAUUUCUGUAACAGUAACUUUGUAAAAGAAGAAAAAAAGUUAUUUUAACCUUAAUUUAUGUAAAAGACAAAAGUGUAUUAUUAUGAGUAAUUUUCACAAUUUCAAUAAAUGUUAUUAAGUGAUUUGA